AAAUCAGAGACAGUGGAGAGAAAUGGAAGAAGGAGAGAUCAAGCACCGGACGGUAAUGGCGAACGGGAUAAGGAUGCACGUCGCCGAGAAGGGCGAAGGUCCGGUGGUUCUCCUCCUCCAUGGCUUCCCAGAGCUCUGGUACUCAUGGCGUCACCAGAUCCACGGUCUCGCCGCCCUCGGAUACCACGCCGUCGCCCCUGAUUUCCGCGGCUAUGGCGACACCGAAGCCCCUCCCAACCCCUCAUCCUACUCCAUCUUCCACAUCGUCGCCGAUCUCAUCUCCCUCAUCGAUUCCCUUUCCCAAGACCAAGUUUUCGUUGUGGGGCAUGAUUGGGGAGCGAUGGUGGCGUGGGAUCUGUGCACGCUGAAGCCGGACAAGGUGAAGGCGCUGGUGAAUCUCAGCGUCAUGUACAGCCCUCGAAACCCUAAUCAGAAACCCUUGGAUUUCUACAUGAAUGUUUUCGGCGAGGAUCAUUACAUUUGCCGUUUCCAGGAACAUGGAGUUGCAGAAGCCGAAUUUGCUCGUGUCGGUACUCGAUUGCUGCUCAAGAAGUUGUUCUCAUAUCAUCAACCUGCACCUCAUGUUUUUCCCAAGGGAAAAGCAUUGGGAGGUUCUCCUCACAAGGAUUUUGAGCUCCCUCCAUGGCUGUCUGAAGAAGACAUCCAAUAUUAUGCUACCAAAUUUGAGAAAUCAGGCUUCACAGGUGCACUCAACUAUUAUCGCUGCAUGAACCUAAACUGGGAGUUGAUGGCACCAUGGACAAGAUUUCCAAUAAAAUUACCAGUGAAGUUCAUAGUUGGUGAUCUUGACCUGACUUACCAAAUCCCAGGCGUCAAAAACUACAUCCACAAAGGUCAUUACAAAAGAGAUGUACCAUUCCUUCAAGAUUUAGUCAUCAUGGAAGGAGUAGGCCAUUUCAUCAACCAGGUAAAGCCAAAUGAAAUUACAAACCACAUAUACGAGUUUAUUAGUAAAUUUUGAUUUAACUCUUUUAAGUUUGUUACAUGUAAAAACUUGCAUGUACUAUUAUCACUGGGUGAAUUAAUGUAUCAUUACACAGAAGAAGAUUAAUAAAACAGUUAAUGUAAAAUGCAAUAUCACUUGGGCGAUUUCAUAGGGAAAUAAUGUAUUAUUAUGUC